AUGAACUAGUUAAGCUUUUUAAAUGAUAAAGAAUACCAAUAUGCUUUCCGUAAAGAAGUAGAAAGUCUUAAUGGUUCAAAUAUAAAUAUGAUUUAAAAUGAGUUUACUGAAGUAGGUAAAGGAAUGAAAUAUAAAAUGGAAAAAUAAGUUAUUGAUAAUGAAUUUUGUAAAAUAUGCUUCAAAAGAGAUUCCUUGGUCGUUUCAGAUAAUUCUCUAUAUGAAAAACAUUAAUUUGGUGAUUAAUUCAAACAAGAUAAAAGUUAAAUUAGACCUUAAGAUGCAAGCGCUUUAAGUUCACAAAAUAUUGAGAGAAUGAAUAACCAAAGUAACACAGUAUACAUAAAUGAUAAUUUAUAAUUGAGAGAAGUAGAAGCAUCUAACUAAAUUGAAUUAAUGAAUAAUACUUUUUCUUUAUUGAAGAAACCAUUCAAUGAUAAAUUAGACAACAAAUAAAAUGAAAAUAUAUUUCACCAUGCUUAUAAUAAACAAGACUAAGAAACAACUAUUAGGCCAAAAAAUAUAUCAGAUUAAAUUAGCUAAAACUCACCUCUUUUAAAAAAAUAAUAAAGCAAAAAAAUGCAUUAAUAAAUAAGCAAUCAUACAGCUCUUAAUGAAUCAAGCAAUCGCUAUUAGAAUCCAAAUACUCUUCAAUGCCCUGAUUCUUCGAUAAUUCAAAAAAUUAAUUUUGAAAACAUUGAGGGUUAAGAUAGACAUAAUAGCGAGCAGGGUUAAUAAAAAAAGAAAGUCCCAACUUUUCAAAAAAGUAAUGGCAAGAUUAAAAAGAAUUUUAAAUCUGAAAAUUUUGUUCGAAUGAAAUCAGAAAUGUUCAAACUGUUUACCUUCAUUAAACCAAAGAUAAAAAAAUUUUUGUUUAAUAGGACUAUGCUAGGUAGGACUAAAUAACUAACUCCCUAAGUUCGUUAACACAUAAAUGAUUAUUCAGACUUCACCACUGAAAUAGAUAAGAGAAAUGUUGCUCUUUCUUUUUUGCUUUAUUUAUUAAAUCUAUUAGAAAUUUUAUGCUAUAAGCUCAGAUUGAAUAAAAUACCUCUUUUUGACCCAGAAAAUAUUUUUAAAAUUAUAUUUAACACAAUUAUUGUCACCUACAAUUGGUUUUAUAUAAUUCUUGUUUCUUUGCAAAUUUUUUUUGGCGCAUACAGCUAAUAUGACUCUAUCUUUACUUACAUAGCUGAAGUAGCUUGGAUAUCUGAAAUGUUUGUUUAGAUGAAUACUGCAUGCUACUACAAAAAUCAAUUUACUAAUGACAGAAAACUCUUUAACCUUAUAGUUGAAACUCUUCUAUUGGGUCAUCUUAUAGCUUGUAUUUGGAACUCAGUUGCUGAGUUUCAAAUUGCUGUUUUAGAUGUUUAAAAUACUUGGAAACAGAACAAUAGGAUAGAUACUACUCAUUGGUAUAAUGUGUAUAUUGAGUGUAUGUACUAUGCAUUUGCUACUAUGAUGACAGUUGGAACAAGCCCGACCACAAUUAUGGAAAAGUCUUUCACAGCCUUAUUUAUGCUAGUUUGUUCAAUGCAAUUAGCCUUUAUCAUCAGUACUAUAGACUAAAUUUUAAGUGAAAUCAAUAAAUCCUAGAAAGAAUAUAAGGGAGACUUGAAUGUCUUGAAUCAAUAUAUGAGAAGAAAAAAGAUAGAUUUGAGUUUACAAAGGAGAGUGAAUCUACAUCUCAAAAAAUAAUAUUAGUAAUAAAGUAGGGAUAAAAUUUUAAUAGAGAAAAAGGCGCUCUCUAAGCUCAGCAUGUAUAUGCAAAAUGAAUUAAUUGUGCAAUCAAAUAAGAAAAUUUUAAAAGAGUUUUCUUUUUUCUAUAAUCUCUUCACAGAGGGCACUCUUUCUAAAAUUUAUACAAUAAUGGAGGAAGUUGUUUAUGCACCUUUUCAAAUUAUUUAUGGAUAAAAAUCAUAUGAAGAUGAAUCAAAAAGUAUUUACUUUAUUUUGAAGGGGUCCAUUUCUUUGUUUGUUGAGAGUAAUGGAUAUGAUAAUUAAAAGAAACUGAUCUUCUUAGAUACUUUGUAAGGAAAAUAAAAGGCUUUUAUGAGCUCAGAAUUUUAAAAAGGAAAUAAGAAAAAAUUAAUAACUCUUAAGUAAGGAUAGUGCUUUGGGAUUUAUGGUUUUUUCACUGGAGUAGAGAGAUUCGUUAAUGCCUACAGCAAUAACUUUUCAACAAUUAUUAAAAUAGAUAGGAAAAAAAUGAUUGAAAUUCUAAAAGAAAAUCAGAGAGAUUAUGAAAAAUUUAUGGAAAUAAAAGAUAAAAUAUAUUUUGAUUAGAAUUACAAAGAUUUGAAUUUAGAAUGUUUUGUAUGUAAAAGCACAGAACACUUAUUUGACAAAUGUGAUAGAACUCAUUUUCAUAAACAGAAUCCAAUAAUUUUCUACAGAUUUAACUAUAGCACUGCACAAAAAAGAAAAUUCUAAUAAAGAAAAUCUAUAAAAAAAAAAAAUAUAAUGCUGUCUAUACCACUUCAUUCAGAAAAAAUACAGAAAUUAAGAGAAGAAUAUAGCUUGCAAGAUGAUGAAGAUGAUGACGAAGACUACGAUGAAGAAAUGAACUAGUAUUAUACUUAUGAAGAAGAUGAUGAUGACGAGGAUUUAGAUUUAGAAAAUGAUCCAAAUUCUAUUUAGCAAGACAAUUUCUCCAUACAGCAGCAUCUUUAGAAUGAAGAUUCGGAACUUUAUGCAAAACAUAAUCCUGUUUCCCCUACAUCUAACAUUCAUUCAAAUAUGUAAUGUAAUUUUCAUUCAAAUAUGAAUUAGAGUAACUUGGAUUAAUAAGAUGAGGAUAACCAAUAAGAAAAAAAUAAAGCUUAAUCAGAUAUUGAUGAUGUUUUAGAUAAAGAAAUGAAAAACGAAAGAUAAAUUUCUAACUCAUCCUCAUAGGAUUUAUAAUCAAUCAGCCGCUCCGAAGAAAGAAAUUUUGAUUAGGAUCAGUUGGAACCUAAAAGUAAAAAAUCUUUGCACUAUUUAAACAAAAAAGAUAAAUCUGAAAUUUAAGAUUUAGCAGAAAAAGUUAAAUCUUAAGAAAGUGCUAUUCUAGUUACAAAAGUGAGAUCAAGUUUGAGAAAUGAUUGUUCAUAAAUCGAUCAAGAAGACACAUCGUAGUAGAUUGGAUAAAAGAAAGUUGUAAAAAUAAAAAAUCCCCCUUAAUCAAAAAGACGGUAAUCUGUGUAAAGGACUUUACAAUCACUUGAUAAGUAUGCAGAGUAAUAAAUUGAUGAGCUGUCAAAUGUAGCUUAAAUUUAAACAAUUACAACAUUUGCAUAAAAUCCAAAGAUACCGAUAAAUAAUGAGAUGGAACCUUAGACGACAUAGUCGAGGAGAUAGUCUAUUUAAUAGAGUUUAUAAUAAAAAAUUAAAUAUGAAAAAUCCUAAACUAAAACAAUUAAAAGAGCUAGCGUUAGAUAUAACAAUAACAGAGUUUCUAUUGUCAGAAAUGCUACUUUAAGUAAUGCAUAAAACUAGUAAAUACUUUUUAAGAAAAUAGGAUCUCACUUUUCAGCUGUCGCUUAAAUGCCAGGAGACGAAGUGCCCUUUUAUUGGAAGAUGGAUAACCUUAAAGAUUAUGUAGCUUACUAUCCUGAAUAUAAUAGCAAUUUUGUCAUUAAAAGAGUACAGAUGUUCUAGUCUUCAUAGAUUAGAAAAAAAUUAAGGUUGUAAAAAAAGCUAGCACACUCAUUAUAAACAGCAAACUUAACUAGACUGAAAUCAAAUUAAUUUUCUCCAAGAAGAUAAGGCUAGGCCAUAUUGCAGUAAAAUUAAUCUAGUUAAAUUCAUCAUUAAUAAUCUUAGUAGCACUCUUAAAUUAUUUAAAAUCAGUAAAUCCCUUCUACAUUGCAAUAAAAAACCUUAACUCGAGCUUCCUAAUUUGAAAGUGAAAUUUGA